CACUGAGGCUGCUCUGGGGACAAUGACUGGGGCGUCACAGCUCACUGGACAGCUGACCGACAAGCCACAGCACCCCGCUGCAGAGGAAACUGUUCUCAGGGUAGCAGCUAAGAAGGUGACCUGCCACAACCACAGCUCACGUCCAGGAGUCUGCAGAAGAAUCAUCUACAAGCCUCUCCCUGAGUUUAAGCGUGUGGAGCUCCGGGGCCGCUUUGGAAGAGAAAGAAGCUUCUGCUGAUAGCAUCUGAGCGGAAGGAAGCCGUGCUGCGUGGCGGCCCUGCAGGGGCACCGCGAUCGCCUCUCAGAGACCAGCCUCCUCGACGGCGUCCAGAGAUGGAUUAUUUUACUCUCUUCUUGGCUCUUUUUCAUGCAUACAAAGCUCUGUGUGCAGAGAUGCUCUGGGACACGAUGGUUAGACUUGCCGAGAAUAUGACACUAGAAUGCGUGUAUCCGUUCAUGGACAACUUAACGCAGGUGGAGUGGUUCAAGGUCAACGCAACUCAGAAGGAGUCCAUAGCCAUUUUCCACCCUUCUUACGGGAUCUCAAUUAGAGAGCCCUAUGACGGGAGGGUUCACUUCUUAAACUCCACCAUGACGCCCAACGAUAUGACACUGUCCUUCCUUAAUGCCUCUGACGCUGAUGUGGGCUUCUACUCCUGCUUUCUUCACACUUUUCCACGUGGAACUUGGGAAAAGGUGAUACAGGUGGUUUCAUCAGAUAGUUUUGACAUAGCUGUAUCACCAAGUAACCACGUGGUCUCCAAAACUGGAGAAAAUAUCACGCUCACCUGUCCCCUCCAAACCAAGUGGCCAGUUCAAGAAGUGAGGUGGGAAAAGAUCCAGCCCCAUCAGAUCGACCUCUUAACUAACUGCAGCUUGUCUCAGGGGAGAAGUUACGGUCUGAAGUACAGAAGGCAGAUUGAGAGCAACUGCAGUGAGGAAGUGGGGACCUCCAUCGGGCUGCCCCUCGUCACCGCCACCGACUCGGGGCUCUACCGCUGCCUUUUCAGGGCCAGCACAGGAGAAAACGAAACCUUUGUGAUGAGGCUGACGGUCACCCAGGAUAAAAUGGAUUACCAAUACAUCUUCUUCGUGGCUGCAGGGACAGUUUUAUUGUGGCUGUUUGUUGUCCUAAUUACCAUGGUCAUUUCCUAUAACAGGAGGAGGAGGAAACGGAAAAGAGUUCUCUUUGAAGCAUCCGGGGAUACACAGAAUAAGGCCACAAACAACUACAGAAAUCCCAUUUCUACCAACGAACCACCAGAUGGUACAACAGAAGAUGUUUAUGUCAACUACCCAACUUUUUCUCAUAGACCAAAGACUAGAAUCUAAACUUUCCCCUUGAUUUGAGCAAAUUGAUGAUGACUAUUAUAUAUGUGGUUCUUCAUAUAAUUUUCCCCCUGACUUAGUGUCUACCUUGGAUACUGGUUGGCUGAAUUUAUUUCAUUUGAUAGAAAAAAAAUACCAUAUUGCCUAGAGAACAUUCUUAACUGAAAUGUUCAGAAAAGCCUGACUCUAAUUAGCUUCUACCUAAAAGGAAACUUAUUAUAUCGUGUGAUGAAACAAUCAAAGAGAGAUCAAGUUUCAGGCAUUGGGUUAUUUACCAGGGCUUAAGUGCUGUGUCCAGAAUGAAGUACGAGCAUAAACCAGUUUCUGGAUCCCUUUGCAUGGUGUUGGAUCCACUUCCUUGGUUUUAACUCUCUCUCAGGCUUUCUCCUUGUAGUUACAAGAUGGCUACCAACAAGUCUUGGCCAUUUAUAAUCCUUGGUUCUGCCUGGUAGAGAAUUUGUUUCUCUGAUAGUGCAAAAAAUUUGGUUAUUUAUCCAUCUUAUUUAUUAUUUAUUCAUCUAUCCAAAAGGAUGAAAUGGCUUAAGUCAAUGAAGUUUCCACUCUGAGGAGUAGGACUGGGGCCAAAGCGCCUUACUGGGAAGUUCUGAGCAUCAUUAGGAGAGGGAAUGGGGAGCCUGGAAGCUGGGGAGGUUCCCAAUCAGUGUUGGUGCAGUGACAGUCAUGACAUCUCUUUAGCUAACUAAAAUGAAAAUAUGGGGCUGGCUCUGGGUUCUCUCUCUUCCUAGAAUCUUCUGUGUUGGCAAAGUUCAGAAGAUACUUGGCCAUAGAAUGCAUGAAGGGUGAGAGAAAGAUAAAUGUGAAGGGGAAAAUCUUUCCCCAUUUCUACCCUCAAGUAAAUGAAUCUCUGGUUCUAUAUAGAAUUUUUGCCACUCUCCCUGGUCUAGCCUUAUGAGCAAAUGAAUAGAUGUUCUAAUAAUAACUUAAUAUUUUUGAUGAUGAAAUUUUUCCUAUCUUUGAGAAAUAUAUUUAACAUAUACAUUCUCUCAAAAGAGUUAGAUGCAUUAAUUUUUUUUAAUAAUAAUAAUGUGAAAUCUGAAUACAGGAAAAAGAAUACUAGUAGGGAAGGAUGGUAGAGGAUGGUGAGAAAAGAAGAGCAUUAUAGGGAAAGUAAAAAAGACCAAAGAAGGGGAAGAUACAAAGAGAAGCUUGUCCCGUUUCACAAUUUGACCUCAGAUACCCCAGUGACUCAUUGGCAAUUAAAGCAAUUGGGAACCAUGUCUGGACUGUCCAAAUCCUAAAUGGAGGCAGUAAGGAAAAGCGUUUGUGAAAAUAAACAAUGGUCACGAUCACUCAAACCAGAACGGUCAUUCCCGAGUGGUCAUUCAUAUCUCAAGUGUUCAUCACUCAACUCUCAAAGACUUAUCACCGAAGCUACAUUUAAGUAUCCAAGUGGGGGACUGUUCACUCUUAAGUGAACGAAAACCAAACUCUUAUGUUGUCUACACAGAUUCUAAGUUGUCAUUUACAGGUUUAAACAAAUCAGUUGUCUCUUCAAUGAUCUUGUCUUUAAAUACUAAGUAUUCACAGUAGUCUGUGAAUUACCAAAAUGGCGACAGUCCCUGCUAGACAGAAGGGAAAACCAGUAAAGAGAUCAUUUGCCAGUCGUACUUAUCUAUAAGAAAGUAGAGUUAGUUCUAAUUUUUAGGGGUUGCUUAAAUUACCCUGAUACGUGGAGUCACCAAGUGUUUCCACAAAUAGUGUAGCAGGUUGGAAGUUCACAGAAUAUGAUGUACAAUUUUGUGAACUACAUCAGGUCUGGGGAAAUUUUCAUGGCUGAGUGUGCCACUUUGCAUAGUAAAGCAAACAACAUCAUUUGAAAGAUUCAUUAUUUCUUUUACUUUAAAGUUAAAGGCAACCAAAAUAUUAAUUCCUAGAAGAUUCUGAUAACCAAAUUCUCAAAGACUAAUGUAAGCGAGAGGGAAAAGUUUUCUACCACUGCACUAGGGAGAAAUGUUAAGUUCCAUCUUAACAGAAAAAAUGACUAAGGGAACAGAAAGUACAACUAGUUGUCAGUUCCUGAUUUUUUUUUUCCUCACAGUUUCAUGGAGCACUUUUAUGUCACCUAAGCUUGCACCUGAGUGUUGCAAAGCCUCCAGAACAUUUGGAAGUCUUCUCUUCUGCCAUGGGUGUUUUAAAAUUUUUAAAACUCUUACUCAAAAUUUGUACGAGAACUAUUUGCUCUGUCCCUUCUUCUUUUCUAUAUAUUAUUCUUCUGCCAAGUUAAGGAUUUUUUUCAAGGACUUAAUACCCUCCUCAGUCCUGCUGAAAAUUCUCUGACCUUCCCUGCCGGCCUACUACACUCUUUGUUGUUAUGCAGAUGGAAUUCUGUUUAUCUUCUUUCUCUGUAUGUCUUUACUUAACAAAGAACUUUCAUUGUAGUUCUUUAUUACCAUACAUAGUUUGCUAGAGUUUUGUAACUCUACCACACACACACACACAGAGUACCUACUAUAUGUGUGUGCAUAUGCAAUAACUCACCUGUUGUGCAUAGUAUGCUGGUUUGUACUAAGACAUCAGCUAUCAAUAGGCCCACAGAACACAAGAUCAGAUUUGAUUUAAAUUCUGUUUUAAGUAUUUUUUGCUAGGUGCUACUUAGGGAGUAAGGUGCUUCCUAAGAUGCUUUUUUACAUAUAUAAUUUAUGUUGCUAUAUAAUACAUGAAAUAAAGCUAUGCUUCCUUUGAAUGCCAUCAUUUUAAUAUUUACAUUAAAGUCACCAGUGAAAGGGACUUGCUGUGGGAGUGUAGGUACUUGCUGAUGAGUAGGUAAGUUUGUUAAUAUCAUUAUAGACACACAGAUUUGUCAGGGAAAGAACACAUCUUAUUAAUACAAUGACUGGGCAUUGAUUAUAUUAUCAUCAGCGAGACCUUGAAACAUUAUUGAAAAGCCUUUCUGCAGGCUGAGAAAAUAGAAUAGAAAUUUCAUUAACUUUGUAGCCAUGCUUUUGAAUGGGAGGCAGGUUAUGAAUGGGAUGAGGCUAUAAUUUUGAGUUAGUGACUAUUCAAAUUUAUAGAAUGUUUUAAGUAAUUCAGUUUGUUAAAAAUACAACACAAAUUUAAAAUACACUAUCAAUUUAUAAGCUAAAGUAAAAUAAAAAUUUCGGUAAGUUCACUUUUAUCAUAAACACGUUGUUGGCUUAUGUAGAACGAUAUUAAAUUAAAAACCACAGCUGCAUUGCUGUGCUUUCUAAAAUUGGUGCAUCUAUAUUGUCAUUAGAUUUCAUGUAAUCAAAAUGCCUCUCCUUCACUUAUAAUGUUUCUGCAGGUUGUGCUGCUGGUGUGAAAUUUCAACAAGAUUCGAGAUCUUGGUGAAUGAAGACACAAAGUAUAGAUUUAGGCACUAAAUUAUGACUUUAGCUUCUUUCACGGCAGCGAUCAAAACAUCUGAGAUGCAUAAUGUAAUAAAAGAGAGAAGACCACCAUUUCCCACUCUUUGAACAUAAUGUCUAGAAAGUGUUGAUCUUUGAGUUUGGACUUCUGCAUCAAUUCAUAUCUUUUCAUUGCAAUUAUCAUAGGUCGUCUUUACACACACAUUUAUCUGAAAAAUAAAAGGUAUUCUCAAAAACAACAACAACCACCACCACCAUUCAUUGCUACUGGUCCAAUAGGUAGGAUGUGGCUUCCAAGCAUUAAUUUUUAUUUUAUUUUUUUAAAGAUUUAUUUAUUCAUGCAUACAAGAACUGGGGUACAGGCCAGAUGUAUGGGAGGGUGAGAGGAUUCACCAGAGACAGAGCAGGGAACUGAACAGGCAGACGUACCGAAGACACUGCUGAGGGAAGCAGCGGGCAAGUCAGGAGAGGUCUGCCGCGCCAUGUGGGUAGCCCCCUGGCCGGGGAUCGAACUCGUGCGGCAGUGGCUGCAGGUAGCUUCAUAGGUUGUGUCUUAACCCCUUGUGCCACCAGGGAGGCCCCCAGCAUUAAUUUUUAAAGGAAAUUUUAUAAAUGGUCAAGACCGGUUAGCAUGUUAUGUAUUUCCUGACUCAAAGCACUAUGUUUUAAGGUAUUGUAAGAAAAUAUCU